GCUUGACCAUUCAGAACUGGUAGAUGACGUCAUAUUAGCACUUCUCAUUGGUUUUGCGAGCUGCUGGUUGGUGAAUCGAAAAUGCUCUGACGUCAUGAGCUUUAUCAUAAAUCCAAUAGCAUUCGCGACAUGUCUUACUGAAUACUGAAAAUCAGGGUAUAUAGAACAACACUGAAAAUAACUUUUGUCGUUCAUUUACCGCGCGCGCCCCCGCGUCGCCGCGAUGGCAGUUGCAGUUGGCGGUUGAGGUCGAGGGGUGUUUCCUGCGUAAUUAACGAAAUUUUUGUAAAAACAUUUUGGCAAAGAGGGAGAGCUAAAGCUGUCCGUCGCCACCGCUGGCGUCGGCGUGUGGCGGGAUGAGUGAGGUCGCGGUCCAGGACGACCCGGCCAGCGCAGCGUCCGAGCAGGCUGAGGCGCUCGUCUCGGCGGCCUCCCGGCUGGAGGAGGUGUGCCGCGACCUGACGACCUGUCUGCGCGCGCUGCCUAGCCUGACGGAGCGCCGCGCGGCCGCGCUGUGUCUGCGUGCUGCCGCCGUCUCGGGCCGGCUCCAUCUCAAGGAGGCCAUCCGGUUUCUGGACGCGGCGUGGGCGGACGACCGGGACGGUCCGCUGUGCCCCGAGCGGCGCGUGGUGCCAGAGACGCCCGAGCGGAGUCCGCCGGCCGGCCGGACCGACGGCGACGGCGCCCCGGCGGACGGUGACGCGUCAGUGACCGGGAUGAACGGCGGCGGAGCCCAGAAUGGGAUCAUGAACGGGUCGGCAGGCGGCGGAGACGAACGGGAGUCGGACGCCUCACCAGAGGUGGGCCAGGUCAGGGCGAAGAAGAAACCACUCAACUCUGACUCGGAUGAUCCUACCGGGACACCGGUAAGAGUUAACAAAAAGAAGCGGCGUGACGAUCCCAGUCAGGAGAGUGUAUCCUCCAUGAGCCAUGAUGGAGCUAGUCCAGUUAAGGUUGAGCCAGCCGCCUCACUGGCUGAUAUGAAGACUGAGCAGAGUGAUUCUGUCUGUGACGUGAAAAUGGAACCCAGCGAUGAGUCUGAGAUGAAGACGGAGCCGGGCGGCUCUGUCGCUGAGGUGAAGGCGGAGCCCAGCGAUGGGUCGGGGCUGGGCCUGGUGAUCGCCGCCGUUGAGCCGCUUAGUCAGAUGUCAGGCUCAGAGCCGGUCGCCGCUCAAACCGAGCCGGACGCCACUGCGUCUGACAAGUGCGAGUCUGCCGCGGGGGCGGCGGAGGACAGUCGCCCUGUCUCGCCGCUCGGAGGCGACUCUUCCGUGGACGAGUCUACCUCAGUGGACGCCAACCCAGAGUCUCAGAACGACAACGACCGGCUGAAGCUGCUGCUGACCAGCAGUGACGACGAGGACGCCGAUGGCCCGGCCGCCGACGGAGCCGGUGUGCCGAACGGCGGAGUGGACGGCGACGAUAUGGAAGACUCGUCGUCGACCGUCAUUCGCAACGGGAAUGAGAGGCAGCGAGGAGCUGACUCACCAUCGAGCGAUGAGGACUCGCGGGGCGGUCGGAAGCUGCGCAAGCGAACCGCCAAAGAAGAGCCGCCCAACAGCGAGUCAGAUGCCACAGACCCUGGCGAUAAGAACAGUCGCGGCCGGCAACGACGGACGUUGAAAAAGUCGGCCGGCAGUGACUCUGAGCGCGACGACUCCGAGAGGCGCUCGCGGCGUCGGCGAGUCGGACCGAAACCUGAGGUCUCCGGGUCUUCGGCGGACAGUGUUUCGGUUUCCGACUCGGCUGAGGAGCAACGCACGGAACGACGGCGCAAUCGUAGAGGACGCCGGCGCCCGCGGGGCCCGCCGGAGCCCACGGCCGACUGUAGCGUAUCGCUGACGCGGCUGCCGCCCGAAAUGGAACGGGAGGCCGCCGACAACGGCUUCGUAAAAAUCACGAAGCGCGCCAAGAAGCAACUGUCGAAGCAGGCUCUGGAGGUCCGCCGACUGGCCAACGUGGCCAGCCUGCUGCGGACGUCCCUGAUGAAGGGAGAGAGCUCGUCGGAAGACUCGGACGACAGUGAUACGGAGGAAGACGAGAAAGCGAGGAAGGUGAAAAAGUCCGCCGCACGAAGCACCGAAAAGUCCGCCAAGAAGAAGAAGAAGACGUUGAAUGACAUGAGCGAUGGUGAUAGUGGAGGCCGCACCUCGGGCGUGGAGAGUGACGAGCCUAACCAGCCCUCGGCCGCCGCCCUCGUUCCUCUCGAAGAGAACGAGUUCGACAGGCAGCAGCUGCUGGCGUCUGACAGCGGCUCAGAUGCCGACUCUGAGUCGGCGGGCGACGGCAACGACUCGGACUUCUUACCCAGCGGUAAAGAUAAGAAGAAGGGAAAGAAGAAGCGAAAGGAAGAAGAGAAUAAGGAAACUAAUAAUGCUUCUGAGUGUGAGGACGGCAGUGAUAGUAAAAAUGAUACCAAAAAGGUUAAAGACAAGCGUAAGAGGGGACCAGAAUCUGAAAACAGUUGUGAUUCUGAUAGCAAAAAGAAUAAACGGUCGAAAGAGAAAAAGGACGUUAAGGAAGAUUCUGAAGAUGAAGAAGGAGAUAAAGUGAAGAGAAAGGACAAGAAAAAGGCUAAAAAGGAACAAAAAGAUAAUGAAGCCACAAAUGGUGAAGGCAAGGAAGACAAUGACGAGGACAAGAAGGCCAAAUCAGACGGUGAUGCGUCUGGAUCAGAAGCUGAAACUGACAAGAAAGGUAAAAAGAAACUUUCAGCAAAAGUUCGUCAGCUUCUCAACGGCAAAAUGAGUGCAACCGACUCAAGUGAAGAGGACGAAAAGAUGAAGAAGAAAAUAAUGGAGAAGCGUAGCAAGGAGCUGGAGAAGGCGGCCAAGAAGAAGGCCGACUCGGACGAUCCGGACGCUGACGGUGACGGCAGUCAGUCGGACGGCCUGCCGCCCGUGGUGGACGUCCCGUCUUCAGAGGAAGAGGUCGUCGAGAAGAAGCGCAGUCCGCGGAAGAAGCGGCUGCGUAUAGCGGAGGACUCGGACUCUGACUUCUGUAUACUGGACUCGGAAGGAUCGGCCGGGUCCGACGCGGAGGAGGCGGGGCCGUCCAAGAAGCGCGGCCGCUCAUCGUCCUCGUCCAUCUCGUCGGUGUCGGACAGCGCCGACGACUUCCAGCCGCCCAAGAAGACGCGCUCCCGGGGGCGUCUGAAGCGCAUCCGACGCCUCAGCGAUGACAGCCAGUCGUCGAGCGGCGACGACAGCGUACAGGAGGAGAAGCCAGAGUCGCAGGGCACGCCCGGCAAGGGCGGACGCAAGAACAUCCGACACAUCCGAGAGGCCGAGCAGUCGACCAAGGAGGCCUCGCAGGCCGAACUGGAGCGACGCAAGCGUAUUGAGGACAAGCAGGCGAUGUACAAUGAGCUGUUCAAGAAGAGCGCCGCCUCGGAAGAGUCGACUGCCCUCGAUAAGCUCGUGCUGGACUUUGACCCUGAGACCAAGAAACCACUGGUGUCUGUGCACAAGAACUUUGUCAAGAUCUUGAAGCCGCAUCAAGUGGACGGCGUCAAGUUCAUGUUCGACAGCACCAUCGAGUCGGUGGCGCGAUUGGAGGACGAGACCAACCAGGACAACGCGGGCUGCAUUCUGGCGCACUGCAUGGGUCUGGGGAAGACGCUGCAGGUGGUGGUGCUGCUGCACACGCUACUGGACAGUGCCGCCACCAGCGACAAGGUCUCCUGCGCGCUGGUCGUCUGCCCCAAGAACACGGUCCAGAACUGGGUGCGCGAGCUGAAGAGCUGGCAGAAGAAGUGCCGCGUGCCAGAGGUGGACGUGGUGGACAUCACCUUCCGCAAGGACAACUACGAGCGCUCCUUCGAGCUGGAGCAGUGGCGCACCGAGGGCGGCGUCUGCGUGCUCAGCUACGACAUGUUCAAACGCUUCAGCGGCACCGGCGGCAAAAAGGGCUACGUCAAAAAGCAGAAGGACCGCUUCCAGAGCGCGCUCAUCGACCCCGGCCCGGACAUUGUCGUCUGCGACGAGGGUCACCUGCUGAAGAAUCCGCGCACGGCGGCGUUCAAGAGUCUGAACCAGAUGAAGUGUCGCCGCCGGGUGAUCCUGACGGGCACGCCGCUACAGAACAACCUCCGCGAGUACCACACCAUGGUGGAGUUCGUGAAGCCGCGCCUGCUCGGCAGCGAGUCAGAGUUCAGCAACCGCUUCAUCCGGCCCAUCGAGAACGGCUCGGCCGUGGACGCCCUGCCCCGCGACGUGAAGCUCAUGAAGCGACGCUCGCACGUGCUGCACAAGCUGCUCAACAGUGUGGUGCAGAGACGCGACUACAACGUGCUGAUGCCGUUCCUGCCGCCCAAGCUGGAGUUCACGCUUAUGGUGAAGCUGAGCGACCUCCAGAAGAAGCUCUACCAGAACUACUUGGAGAAGGCGCGCUCCAGCAGCACACGCAAGGUGCUCUCCGACUUCCAGGCGCUGAGCCGCGUGUGGACCCACCCACGCUCCAUCCAGAUGAAGGAUGAGCAGGACGACGAGAAAGAGGAAAUGAGAACGGAGCGGGAGGCGAUGGAGCGUUUUGUAGCAAACGACUCGUCUUCAGAAGAGGAAAACUCGAAGGAUGGAGCUGAUAAGACAGAAGAGAACGGUGGCGGCGCUGCCGAUCAGGCCGACGACUCGGAGUGGUGGCGCUCCUGUAUUCCGGACGACCUGCUGUUCGAGGACGCCGGUCUCAGCGGGAAGCUGACGCUGCUCGACCAGCUGCUCAUCAAGUGCGAGAACAUCGGAGACAAACUGCUGGUGUUCAGUCAGUCGCUGUUCACCCUGAACCUGAUCGAGGAGCACCUGGAGCGGCUACACAAGGACAUGCAGAGCAGCCGAAACUCGGGCAAAAAGCACCCGUCGCACGUCUACUUCGGCACGUGGAAGCCCGACUACGACUACUUCCGCUUGGACGGCAGCACGUCGGAGGAGCGACGCCAGCUGAUGUGUGACCGGAUCAACAAGGCUACUAACGAGAGGGCGCGGCUGAUGCUGAUCUCGACAAAGGCCGGCGGACUGGGCAUCAACCUGGUCGGCGCCAACCGGGUGGUCAUCUUCGACGCCUCGUGGAACCCGACGGCCGACUCCCAGGCCAUAUUCCGAGUGUACCGGUUCGGACAGGUCAAGCCGUCCUACGUGUACCGGUUCAUCGCGCAGGGCUGCAUGGAGGAGAAGAUCUACGACCGCCAGAUCAGCAAGCUGUCGCUGUCGUGCCGCGUUGUGGACGAACAGCAGGUGGAGCGCCACUUCAGCCAGCACGACGUCGAGGAGCUGUACGAGUUCGAGCCCGACCGCAAACGGACCACCGGCCUGAUCGUACCCAAGGACGACCUGGUGCUGAUGGAGCUGGUCUCGGAGCAGACACAGUGGGUCAGCAGCGUGCACGGACACGACUCGCUGCUGCAGAACGUGGCCGACGAGGAGCUGAACGCCGAUGAGCAGCGCGCCGCCUGGGAGGAGUACGAGAACGACCGGCGAGGAAUACCCAACGUGGGAGACAUCAUCCCGCUGGUGGACGGAAAGGCCAUCGACAAGGCCACAGUCAUCGAGAUGAUCAAGAAGGACAACCCGACGGCCACCGAGAACGAGGUGCUGCUGAUGAUCCCGAAGGCGAUUCAGACGCUGCGCGCCUACUACUUCAAGAAGCAGCAGGCCGAGCAGCGCGCGCGCGAGGAGCAGUAUCGACAGACGCUGGAGCUGCAGCGGCAGAGCAUGUUCUCACAGCACGCCCUUCACGGCGGCCACCAGCGGCCCAAUAUCGACCACGCGGCGUACGCGCAGCUGCUGAAGCUGAUGGCCGCUCAGCGCGCCCCGGGCCAGGCGCCGGGCGCGGUGCGCGGCGCAGCGCCGCCGCCGGCCCGGGGUCGACCGCCGGCCGCCGCCGCCGCGGGCAGCGCCGGGCCGGGCCGGCAGCGGACCGCGCACGUGCCGGGCCCGGCGCACCAGCAGCAGCUGGCCGCCGCCCUGCAGCGCUCCAUGGGAACGGGCAGUAUGCAGCUGCCGCAGGGACUCUCCGUGCAGCGGGUUCAGCCGGCUCCAACUCCAGCAGCGCCGAGCAGCCGGCCGGAGAAGAGGGGCCAGGACGGCGACAAGCCGACCGGUCCCCCAGCCGUUGUCGACAUCACGUAACGCGCCGUCCCGGCCGACUGGAGCUGGCUGCAGGCGGUGACGUCACCGCGCACUGCACAGAGAUGACGUCAUCACGCCGCCCCUUCCUCCGGUUACAAAUGGCCGCGCCGGCGGCCGCCGGUUUCCAUGGCGAUCCGCUGACGGAGGGAGAAAUUCAUACACAUUACACAGAUGCAGGACUUCAUGUACAGUAGUUCAUGACGUCAUUGGAUGACCAACCCUCUCCUGAGUGUUACUAGGCGCCAUUUUGUGACCGUUGUCAGCCGAGAGCUGCUUUUGAGCGUGUUGAUCUUCAUACCCAGCGAUGGCACACAAUUUACUGGGAAUGAUGUAACUUGUAGGCAGUUUUUUUAGUCCGUGUUGAUGGUCGCUGUGUUUAGACGGCUGUUAAAUAUGUGUAUUAUUGCGUGAUUUUUUUCCUGUUGUGGCCGAAACUGCUUUUAUUUAUUUGUCUUUUUAGUCCAGAUAAAAGCAGUGUGUCCGACUCGAGGCUCGGUUGUCGGCCGAAGAGCUCUGGGUCCAUCGUAGAUGUGGCAAGAAUAAAACCUUGUUAUUUUUC